GGAUACUGAACACUCAGGGAUGCAGCAGGAGGCUGAGGAGAAAUCAACAAAGCAGCUCUCUGCAGACAUGUACUACAAUUAUGAGGAUCUUCACUCGAGACCGUUCAUUACACCUGACUCUGAAAUCCCAGAGAGUCUCCUGCACCUCUCUCACUCCUUUGGCUAUGACAGUGGGCGCAGGGCGAACCUGCAACUGCUGGAUGAUAGAACUCUGAUCUUCAUAGCAGGUAACCUGAUCAUCCUGCUGGACAUCUCCACCAAAAAGCAGAGAUACCUCCACUCCUGCAGUGGAAGCGGAAUCGGCUCCAUCACGACACACCCUAGCAAAGAGUUCUUUGUUACAGCAGAAAAAGGAAACCAGCCCAACAUUAUAGUAUAUGAAUAUCCCUCACUACGACCAUACCGCAUCCUCAGAGGUGGUACAGAAAAUGCGUACAGCUUUGUGGAUUUUAACUACGACGGGAGCUUGCUGGCCAGCGUGGGCAGCGCACCUGACUAUAUGCUGACACUGUGGAACUGGAGGCAGGAGGUGAUGCUGAGCUGCAAGGCCAUUUCUCAGGAGGUCUACCGAAUCAGUUUUUCCCUGUACAACCCAAGACUGCUCAUAACAUCAGGACCUGCACACAUCAAGUUCUGGAAGAUGGCCAGCACAUUCACAGGUCUUAAACUGCAAGGUCUCAUGGGGCAUUUUGGGAAAACUGCAGCAACUGAUAUUCAGGGACAUGUGGAACUUCCUGAUGGAAAGGUGGUAUCUGGGUCAGACUGGGGCAACCUGCUCUUGUGGGAUGGGAAUGCCAUUAAAGCGGAGAUUUGCCGUAAGGAGGGGCAGAGCUGCCAUGCCGGAGUGGUCCAGCCGUUUUCCCUAGAAGACGGACAGCUGAUGACGAUUGGCUCUGAUGGAGUUGUCCGGGGCUGGGACUUUGAGAGCAUCAACAUGGUCGACAGUGAUGGCAACAGCAGCAGGUUUGAGAUGGAGCCCAUGAAUGAGAUGGUGGUGGGACACAAUGUCUGCCUCUCCUCUAUGGUGAAGAGCUCCCUGUCCAACUCCUUCAUCUGGUUUGCUCAGGAUUCCAACGGAGCCAUCUGGAAACUGGAUCUUUCUUUCACCUACACGACCCCUGAUCCAGAGUGCCUGUUUUCCUUCCAUGCUGGAGCGAUCCAAGGUCUGGAUGUGUCAAAGAAAUCCCACCUGAUGGCCACGACCGCUCUGGACCGUUCGGUCAGAGUUUUUGACUUCCUGGCAAAAAGAGAACUGACCACCAAUCGCUUCAGUCAGGGUGGAACUGCUCUCUGCUGGGCUCCUCCUUUGGUGAGCCAGAGUGGAGGUUUACUGGUGACAGGUUUCGAGGAUGGGGUGGUCCGCUUACUGGAGCUGUAUGACCCUCAGAGGCUGCAGGAAUUCACUGGACGCAGUCCCAAAGGAGGCACCAAGCUGCACCUUAAGCAGGCCUUCAAACCCCAUAAUGGCCCUGUAACUGCUGUGGCAUAUGAGCGAAAUGGAGAGAUCUUAGCCACGGGGAGUUCAGACUGUACAGUGUUCUUUUUCACUGUUGAAGAAAAAUACAACCCCAUCGGCUUUGUCCAUGUUCCAGGGCCAGUGCAGGGGCUGGAAUGGGCACCUCAUUCCCAUAGUGAAAACAGGCUGCUCAUCCUUUGUCAGAGUGGUCAUGUGGUGGAGGUGCAGAGACCUGAUCCAGAGGCCAAAAAGCUGACCAAAACCUUCCAGCUGUCUGAGCUGCCCAGCAGAUCUUUCAGGUUCAGGAGCAUCAAAUCUCAUAUCAAGAGAGAAGAGGAAAUUUCAAGACGUAAAUCCAUAAAGGAGAAGAAGAAAAAAGAAAGAGCGGAGAGGUGGAAAGAAUUGAUGCAGCCAGAUGCAGAGCAAGAGGAAGAGGAUGAGGAGAAAGAGGACUUAACCCCUCUUUACAUCCCCGACCCUCCAAGUCCUCUCUUCUGUGGCUUCUACUCACAGCCUGGCCAUUUCUGGCUCUCCAUGGGAGGCUAUGAUGCAGGUUUCUUGUAUCACUGUAAGUUCUCUGAGAAACAAGACUUGGAUCCGGAUAAACAGCAAGAUGAGCCAUUUGACUUCCUGCCUGUCCACAAUGCAGACGAUGACCCCAUUUGCUCUGUCACCUUCAGUUCCAACAGGCAGCUGCUGUUCUUUGGCAUGCAUUCUGGCUCGAUUAGGGUCUACCCUCUGCAGCCCGGUGACCAGAGCCUCAUCUCCAUGCAGGCCUACUGGGCUCUCAGUGUUCAUGACAACCAGUAUGGGCACCUGCGCCACAUAUGCUGUAGCCAUGAUGACCAUUUUGUGCUGACGACAGGAGACGAUGGAAACAUCUUCUCCUUCAGCCUACUUUCUCCAGAGGACCUCCAAAAAAGCCUGCAGAAAAAGGCCAAGGUUCCUUCACCCAGGGUGGGUCUUCAGAAUGAGCCAUUGGCUCAGGACAUUGAGGACCCAGCAGCUUACAGCAUAGAGACAGCUAAGCAGAAGCUGGAGAAGGACCAGCUGCAUCGGGAGGCUGAGUUAAAAAUUGCAGAGAAGCGUAAGAAGCUGGUUGAGCUCCGGAAGACCUUUGAACAGCUGCUGGACAGCAACCAGAAUCUGCUGCAACAUGUUCGCCUGAAACCUGUGGAGCUGCAGCUGGACCAUCGUUUCGGUGAACAUGCAGACAGGGUAAAGUCUCAGCAGGUGAUGGAGGUCAGAAAGCAGCUGGGCUGGGAGAUGGAGCGCUGCCACAUAGCACUCACCAAACUACAGGGCUGGUUCAAGGAUUCUCUAGAGACCAGCGUGGUCACUGUGGUCGCCAUCCGCACUGACCACAAAGUCUCCACCUACCGUCUGUCAGUGUAUCCCAAGCCUUUAACCCAGCUCAGACAUCACAGCACACCCAGUCAGCCUGAAGGAGACAGAGCUGCUGCACCAGGACGCAGAAAGUCCAGAGCAGAGCCCGCAAACAGCAGCAGCACAGUAGAAGAGGAGGUGCUGCGGCCCCCAUUGACUAAUGCAACAGGGAUUAAGCUAAGAGAUCGUCAGAUUGAAAUGCUUCGAAAGGCUGCAGAGAAAGCUGAACAAGCUCAAGCCAAAAUAGAGAAGAGGAAACAGGAAUGGGCCCAAUUUUAUGCAGAGAAGUCAGAUGAGAAUUGUGAGGAUCCGCGGGAUGUGCAGGCAAUCCAAGAGGCCAAAGAGAACAUCGGAGACUUAAAACUGAAGUCAGCCAAAGACUUCACAGUGCCAAAACACCUGAGGGUGAAUGCUGAGAGGAAGCGAGCUGAGCUGAUAAGCCUGGAGGAAAAAAUCCGUGAGAAACAGACUGAGAUAAAUGGACGCAUCAUGGCGUUGCGAGACUCCAAGGUUUGCCUGGUGUCACAGCUGCGUACUCAGGCCCAGCAGCUCCAAAAAGUCCAGCAGCGCCUGGCAGUGCAUCUCCGCCGCCCUCCACCCACCCUUCCCGCUAUACUACCAGAGGAAAUACCAGAGAAGAGGCUGCAGUACAGACGUGCCACCCUGGAGCGAUACCAUGUUCUCAGGGAGCAGAGGUUUAAGGCUAUGCAUCAAGAGGAGCAGGAGGGAGCUACAAGUUUGUUGGAGCAGCUAGAGAAAGAGAUGGAAGGACAGGAGGGGAAAGAUGAUGAUGAAGAGGCAAAGAGAGGAGAGGAAUGGUCUCCCAUUCUGUCUGCAUUAUCUGUAACAAGAGAAGAAGAGACACCAGUGGAGGAGGGAGUAGAGCUGAGUGAGCUGGAGAAGGAGGUCCUGAAGGAGGAGGAGAUCAGACUCCUGCACGAGCAGGACUCCCUGCUGGAGCAGAUAGAGAGUUCGGUGUGUCAGUUUGAUGCAGAGCUCAUGCAGCUACAGCACGAGAAGCUGCAUCUGGACUGGCAACUGAAGCUGGCCGACCUCCGUCAGCUAACGCUGUACCAGGAGCUGCUGCUCCUCAAGGAGUUUGAGAGGAGGGAGGACAGCCUGCAGGAGAAACUCAGCAGACACAUUAAGGAGGAGAACAGCAUCACGUCAAAGCUGAGUGAGUGUAAUGAAGAGCUGGAACAGAAGCAGAGAGAAAUAGCCAGGCUGCGGGAGAGAGAGAGGGCUCUGACUACCACAUUUCUGACCGUGCUGGGCGAAAACAACAGGUUUGAAGAGUUUUUGACCAAAGUUUUCAAGAAGAAGGUCAAUAGUGUCAAGAAGAAGGAGCAAACUGAAAAUGAAGAAAAAGAAGUAGACAGUGAUGAAAACUCUGAUGAAGAUGAUGACUGGGGUGAUGAUGAUGAAGAUUAUGACAGUAGCACAGAGGAAGCAGGAGCUGCUCUGAGUGACAAGGUUUGCCCCCCAGGCUGUGAGCAAAAGAUGUUUGAGACUACGCUGCAACUGCGUGAGAGUCGGCUGGAUGUGGAGGAACUGCUGGCAGAGGAGAGGAGGAGCGCUGACCUCCUGAAGAAGGAGCUCGACGACCUCGUCAAGAUGAAGAAAUCAGUGGAGGCCAGUCGGCAGGCAGUAGAGGAUGACUUGGAGUUAGUCAACAGAGAGAAACAGCAGAAAAUGAACGAGCUGGAUGUGGUGGUUCCUCUUAGACUGCACCAGAUUGAGUUUAUCACUAACGCCUCGGUGCCGCCCAACCUGAGCCUGGCCCUGGUGCUGGACAGGAGGGAGCUGGACAGGCUGCAGGAGCGCAUCAAGCAGCUGCAGGUGGAGAAGAGUGAGCAGAGAGAGCUGUACUUUCAGGCCCGCCAACAGCACAUCAGGCUCAUAAACGACCGCAAGGACAUGGAUGUCAAGAUCCAGAUGCUGGAGAAGCAGUGCAACGAGCUGAUGAUGAUGAAAUAUGGCAGGCUGGUGGAUCUGGAGGCUCUGCAGACACUGUCAGGAAACAGAACGCUGGAGGAGCUCAAGCAGGAAAAACUCCUCAGAGAAGCUGCAUACGCCAAGGAAAUAAAACAGUGGGAUGCAAAGGUGGAAGAGGCGCAUCAGGCUCUGAUGGAGGUGACCAAGGCUAACACAGAACGUCUUCUCAGCAUGAAAAACCUGAUUGACCAGAAGAGGGAACUGGAGCAUAAACUCAAUACCAGGCAGAAGAAAAUGGGCAGACAGUUCCAGGAUUACAGGAGACGUGUGGACCAGGAGGAGAUCCAGAGGCUCCAGGAGUUGGUGAAGACACAAUCGCAGCAGGCUGAGCUCCUCAGGAGAGAGAUAAGCCUGCUGUCCCGUAAAGGAGGCAACAUUUUGCCCCCUAGCCAGGCCCUGCUGCCACCAAUCGCUCCAGUGCCCACCCCCACAGACAACGCUCACACCAGCAAACGAAGACCUGGGCAUCCGUCCAAACAGCUUAAACCAUAAACUUCACCAGGAGACAGGUGAUCUAAUUAACAGGUCAGAAAAACCACACCCAUUUACUAGAAUUCUGUGCUCACCAGUGCCCCCUUUCUGUGAGUUAUUGUUAUUCUUAAGAUCAGAAUAAAGAUUCUUGACUGCUGUCUUAAAUAAUGAGGGCGUUU